CUAUCGCUUUGUUUAAAAUAAAAUAAAAAUCACGAAUUUUAUUUUUCAUUCUUGUUGCUUCCGGUAAGGAAAACUAAAAACCGAAACAGAGGCAAUUCAUUUCGCUAUAACCGAAUUCAAUCAACUUCUUGGAUCAAGAAUUCGAUUUCGCUUUUCUUCUCGCAAAGAGAACCAACCUCAAUCUUCCAUUUCAAUGUCGUCGAAUUCGUUCCGAGGUGGAUCCUUUUACGGCGAUGCUGAUCCUUACCGAUCAAGAGAGGGACUCACCACCAGAACCGCCGCUGCUCCCUCCGAUGAAAUUCAGUUGCGUAUUGAUCCUGUCAUGGAAUUCGAUGAUGAAAUCUCCGGUCUUCGUGGUCAAGUUCGAAAAUUGAGAAAUGUUGCUGAAGAGAUAGGUACAGAAGUCAAGACUCAUAAAGAUUUUCUCGAACAGAUGCAAAUGACAAUGGCAAAAGCUCAAGCUGGGGUGAAGAAUAACUUAAGAAGAUUGAACAAGAGCAUCGUGCGCAAUGGUGCAAAUCAUAUUGUUCAUGUGAUCGCUUUUGCAUUGAUCUGUUUCUUGAUUGUAUAUCUUUGGUCAAAGAUGUCCAGAAAAUAAGGCUUCUCAGGGGUCUACUCCUCCAGCGUUGUAGUUGAAAAGAUUCCAUCCAAGUCCUUCUUUCAAUGACUCACUGAUGCCUAACUUUGUUGUAUAGAGAACCUUUGUGAUACAGUACUUUCAGUGUAACAUACUAACAUUUCAUGGAUUCGAAGUAGGUUUUUGUGUGAAGAAAAAAAGAUAAUAUGGUGUUUAGCAGUUUGUAUGUCACAUUUCCAUUUGGUAAAAUUACCAUCAUUCAGAAAGAGAAGAAAGAUUUUUUUUAAUAUA